AAAUACUAGUGCAACAAAUUUUGGUCUGCUAUAUUCUGGUGAUUUAUAAAUUGGUGCAUUUGCCAGCUUUCGAUAUCGGAUGCAACUAGUUCGGUGUAUGAUGCUCUAGCGGAGCUGAAAUCGGUGUUUUACAAAGGCUCAGUCUCUAACAAAGGUGUUAAAAAAGUUGCAAUAUUUUUACGUUCAUCCUUACGUCGUCAUUCGAGGGCAGCGUGUGAAGUGUGUGUUUUUCUUCCCUUCAUCGCCAUCGUCGUCAUCUGCUGCACGUACACUCUGGUUACGCAAAAAGAAUAAAGAGAAGAAGCGACUAGACUAGAGGCGAGCAACAACACGAAAAAUGUCCUUUCGUCUGCUGACCACACGUUUGUACAAACAUGGUCGCCUGCUGGUCCAGAACUAUCUCAAGCGGGAUAUACACGUUAGCAACGUUUGGACCGGCCCCACGGAGAGCACAAAAGUGAACAAGAUUAACGAAACGCUACGACAUGAUCUGCGGAUCAACGAUUUCCGGAACAACAGCUUCCUGCGAUUUGGCAACCAGGCCCGUCGUCUUUUUAUCGACAAUGUGCUAAACAGGGUCACCAACCCGUACUCGGUGGAUCUACGACUACAAGCUACGAAAAAACUGUUGUACGGCGAUUCGACACCUUUCUUUGCCUUAGUCGGUGUGAGUUUGGCUUCCGGAGAUGGUGUUCUGACUAAGAACGACGAGCUGGAAGCAGUUUGUUGGGAAAUUAGGCAUGCAAUGUCCAACUUUCAACAGAAAGUCGGUGAGAAGGACAUCGAAUCUCGACUGGACGAAGAGUUCGGCAUUGAGAACUUAAACAUUGGCAAACCCAUCGCCAAAGGCUGCUCCGCCGUUGUUUACGCAGCUUCUCUCAAAGAAUCUACCGUAAGCGAUAACGAUGAUAUGAACUGCAAUGAUAUUCAUCACUCAAAGUCCAGUUCGAAUGGGAAAGCUCCGAAUGAAGCAUGGACAGGAGAUGAGCCGGAGCUUUCUGGACAGCGGAGUGACGGGAUUAGUCCGCUGCUGCUUCCCGAACGAACUGCAUCGGAGGCUUUCCAUCAAAUGAUGAACGAAAGCAAUGCGCAAACGAGAACAAACAACAAUCGCAAAGUUCGCUUUAAUAGUGAAACUAGAAUAAGAACAAUGUCGGAAAACAGCGCCUCCAAUCAUGAAACCAUUGGGCAUUAUCAGCCUGACUCAAUCGAACAGGACUACACGAUCGAAGAGUAUCCACUGGCGUUAAAGAUGAUGUUUAAUUACGACAUACAAAGCAACGCCAUGGCUAUCCUAAAGGCGAUGUACCGUGAAACUGUCCCAGCGAAGAGAAGAACUGUUGACAACGCGUGGGAAAAAAGCCUCAUGGAAAAGACCAAUUUUGUUCCACCCCAUCCAAAUAUUGUGGAAAUGUACGGCGUUUUCUGCGACCAGGUACCGGAUUUGUCAAUGUCCGCCACGCUGUACCCUAUGGCAUUGCCACAGCGGCUCAAUCCGCAAGGCUACGGGCGAAACAUGAGCCUUUUCCUUUUGAUGAAAAGAUACAACAUCAAUCUGAAAGACUAUCUGCGCCAACCGGGGGUCGAUAUGCGUACGCGCAUUCUACUGUUUGCGCAGCUGCUGGAAGCCGUUGCUCAUCUGAAUCGUCACGGGGUCUCUCAUCGGGAUAUAAAGUCGGACAACAUCCUGAUCGAACUGCGGCCAAACAUGCCACCGACGCUGGUGCUGACCGACUUUGGCUGCUGCAUUGCGGACAAGCGCCAUGGGCUGCGCAUCCCUUACACUUCGGACGAGAUCGAUAAGGGUGGUAACGUGGCACUAAUGGCGCCGGAGAUAAUAGAGCAGCUACCGGGAACGUUCGCCAUGCUGAAUUACACCAAAGCCGACCUGUGGGCAUGUGGCGCAAUCGCUUAUGAAAUAUUUGGCAGCAAUAAUCCUUUUUACUCCGACGUGAAUUCGGCACUAAAGAACACGACGUAUGAAGAAGAUAUGCUACCCGCGAUGGAUCAAAAUGUCCCGAGGCUGAUCCAAUGUCUUGUGCAGAACAUACUGCAAAGAAACCCUAGUAAGCGCUUAAGCCCGGACAUUGCAGCCAACGUGGUGCAAUUGUUCUUGUGGUCACCAUCAUCGUGGUUGCGCGAUAGGUACGUACCGUCCAGCAAUGAAAUUCUGCAAUGGCUGCUCAGCCUCACGACGAAAAUACUGUGCGAAGGCCCAUUGCGCGUGACUCCCGACGGUACUAUGGGGCGCAGAACGUACACGGAGUACUUACUGAUUGCAAGCUUUCUUACCCGGGUACGCUUGGAAAGGAUCAAGCGCGCGCUCGAUUGGAUACAUAAUGUUAACGCUGGCUGUUCGUAAGAAUUGUGAUAUUGCUGUUUGUGAGUAUACCUAGAACAGAUAGUGCGGGUUGAAUACACAUAUUUAUUUUAUUAACAGCUAUUUACGCUAACUUUAGA